AUGGUAAGUGUGACACGACUGGCUACAGUGCUCUCCAUGAUAGUCCGCGAUCGGCUACGCGAAGUCCUGCACGAGACGCACAACUGUGAGGUCACUCGUUGCAAGAAGAAUCCCAGAAGUAUCACCGCCAACACGGUUCUGCGCGAGGACAAUGCCUGCAUUCGCAUCGUGAGCACUGUUCUGACCUUGGAGGAUGCUGGCCAGGGCAUCAUCUUUGCCAGUCAGGCUCUACAGGAGCCCGAGACUGACACGCAUUUCAGCUAUGUAUUUCAGCACAGGGGUGCAGUCACCGUGGUAGCCGUCUUUCUGGUGAGGCAAUUUGUUCGAUUCCCCAACGAGAUCAGGUCGAACAGCACGGAGAUUCAGAACGUCUAUACUAACCUUCAUGCCGCUUGCCCAGCUUGCCUCAGCGUCUGUUGCGGCUUGUUUCAGCGUUUGCUACGGCUAUUGGAGCACGCGGUGCCCAUUGUCGAAAUCGACGGAGGAACUAUCGUCGUGUCGUAUGUGUGUAUGACCAUCGAUUUCGAUGAAGUCCACCCAGUGCACCAACAAGUUGGUGCAGAAGGUGACGGACCUCAGGCGGUGGAGUAUAGUGAUAUUAGACGCAGUUGGCGCCAACCACACUCUUCACCUUUGACCAGGCUCAAGAAGGCCAAACGGAACCCGGCAUUAGUUGCCUUAUCCAAUGCAAACCCGAAACGCCGCCUAACAGUAGACUCUGCGCGGGAACUGCCGCACUACCUACCCUCACUCCCCUUAAGUAGGUGUCAAGACAGGCCCAAGGAGGCCGAGAAUGAUACGGCUACUACUAUUUCUAUUUGUACUGAAUAG